GCUCCUUGUUUUUGCUUUCUUUUUGGUAGAUCAAGCACCUCCAUUUUCGUUCCUUUAAAUUUCCAACUUUUAUCGCUACAUUCGUUAAUUACUGGCACUAAUUUAUUAAUCCAAAUUAAAAACCUUCUUAAUUAUGCAUUAGCCGUUAGAUUAUUUCCGUUAACCAUGCGGAAAAGCAAAACGCUUUCUACUUUUUCAAUCCACAUUCUCCAAUCUCGAUUGGCUCGUCUAUUCCGCGCGCACUCGCAACCUACACCAACACAAGCAUGCCUUUGGCGGGCAUCACUCGCUGCGUCUCGUCCAUAUUCCUCUUUAUUCCUACGCUAACAUAUCUCUUUUCCCUGUUCGUUGAACUCGCCAUGGGAACUUGUUCCAGAGAGAAUGGCUACUCUGCGUCUUAUCACGAUCGCCGAUUCUCCAAGCAGGUUCGCGAUAAUGUCCAUGGCUACAUCUAUCUGGACCCGAUAUUUCUCAAGUUUGUUGAUACUGAACAGUUUCAGAGACUUCGUGAUCUAAAGCAACUAGGUCUUGUAGACAUGGUUUACCCAGGAGCUGUACAUUCUCGUUUUGAGCACUCAUUAGGUGUGUAUUGGCUGGCUUCUGAAGCAGUUCACAGAAUUAAAGCUCACCAAGGCUUGGAGCUUGGUAUUGAUGGCUUGGAUAUACAGACAGUGAAACUUGCAGGACUAUUGCAUGAUGUUGGACAUGGGCCAUUCAGCCAUUUGUUUGAACACGAGUUUCUACCCCGGGUUCUUAAUGGUUUUAAGUGGUCUCAUGAGGACAUGUCUAUGAGAAUGAUAGACUAUAUUGUUGACACGCACUAUAUUGAAAUUGAUCCUGAAUGCCAAAAGAAAGCAAAGGAGAUGAUCAUUGCCAGCACUGAACAUUCUGCUCCAAGGACAACGAAUGACAAGCAAUUCCUAUAUGAUAUUGUUGCAAAUGGUCGAAAUGGGAUAGAUGUGGACAAGUUUGAUUACCUUAUUCGAGACUCCCGGGCUUGUGGACUGGGGUGUAGUUUUCAAUUUGAGAGGUUAAUGGAUACUAUGCGCGUUAUAGAGGAUGAGAUAUGCUUCCGAGCCAAUGAUUAUCUCACAGUACACAAAUUAUUUGCAACACGUGCUGAUAUGCAUCGAACAGUCUAUACGCAUGCAAAAGUGAAGGCAAUAGAACUCAUGGUUGUUGAUGCUUUGACUAGAGCAAAUGGUUAUCUUCAGAUUACAGACAAAAUUGAUAAGCCAGAUGAUUUUUGGAAGAUAGAUGACUCUAUAUUGAAACAUAUCGAAACUAGUUCCAGCGAGGAGCUCAAGGAAGCAAGAGAUUUGGUUCAGCGAAUUAGGAGAAGGGAACUAUACCAGUUCUGCAAUGAGUUCUCUGUUCCAAAGGACCAACUAGAGCACUUCAAAGACAUUACACCACAGGACAUUGUUUGCUCCCAGAAAACUGGUCACAUUACACUAAAAGAGGAAGAUGUUGCUGUGAGCAUUGCUAAGAUUGAUUUGACACGUGGAAGGAAUAAUCCUCUUGAAAGCGUCAAAUUUUUCAAGGAUUAUGAGAGCGAGGAUAAAUUCUCAAUCCCAGAUCAUCUCAUCAGCCACUUGCUGCCUUCUUUUUACCAAGAUAAGAUAGUGAGGGUUUACGCUAAGAAGGCGGAGCUGGUGGAAGCAGUUUCUGAAGCAUUUGUGAACUUUCAACUGAAGGAAUAUGGAAUGAAAGCACAGGUACAUGCUACUCCUGAGAAGAAGAGACAACAAGAAUGGGAAAUUGAUCCCCAUAAACUAACAGUUAAGAAAUUAAUAGCUCGAGGGACUUUUGCUUCUGUUCACCGAGGGGAUUAUGAUGGUCGAGACGUUGCAGUUAAAGUGCUUGACUGCGGUGAUGAAGAUCAAAAGACAAAAGCUCAGAUUUCUUCACUUAGGACAGCAUUUAGGCAAGAGGUUUCUGUUUGGCAUAACCUGUCUCAUCCCAAUGUUUCACAGUUGAUAGGUGCUACAAUGGGCACAUCAGAAAUAAAAUUCCAAAACCACAAUGGCCGAAUUGGCAUGCCAGUUAAUUUGUGUUGUCUUGUCAGUGAUUAUCAACCUGGGGGUACUCUCAAAUCCUACCUCAUAAAGAACCGGGAAACGAAGCUGCCUUUUAAGAACUUCAUGCAACUAGCUCUAGAUCUUGCAAGAGGGUUGAGCUACCUCCAUUCCAAGAAUAUUGUGCACAGAGAUGUGAAGACAGAAAAUAUGCUACUUGACAAGAAUCAAACGCUGAUGAUAACAGAUUUUGGAGUUGCUAGACUUGAAGCUUUGAAUCCUAAUGAAAUGACGGGUUGUACUGGUUCUCUUGGUUACAUGGCACCAGAGGUCUUCGACAAUAAACCAUACAAUAGGAAAUGUGACGUUUACAGCUUUGCAAUUUGCUUAUGGGAGAUGUAUUGCUGUGACAUGCCGUAUCCAAAUCUAAGCUUCUCUGAACUGACUUCUGCAGUGGUUUAUCAGAAUCUGAGGCCAGAAAUACCCAAAUGUUGUCCAAGCUCUGUAGCAAAAGUGAUGAAAAGAUGUUGGGAUGCAGACCCUAACAAGAGACCAGAGAUGGAGGAGGUGUCGUCAAUGUUGGAGGCCAUAGACACAUCCAAAGGGACAGGCAUGACCCCUCUUCACCAGCCUCGGGGUUGCUUCUGCUGGAGGCUCUGAAGGCUACAAGUCUGCUUCAGAAACCGAUGGAUAUAAUUGCACUAACUGUGCUAAUACAAAUUUUU